CGGGACACGUGAGCGGGGAGGCGGCGGCGGCAGCGGGAGUUUCCCCGACAGCUGGGGCUUGCGGCGGCGGCUCCUCCUCCCCGGGUCCCCGCGAGAGCCCGGAGACCCCCCGCGCUCCUCCUUAUUGACAAACGCACAAAGGGCCGCGCCGGGGCCGGGCCGGGACGCGUCUGGAGCCGGCAUGGGGGACAAGAAGAGCCCGACCAGGCCGAAGCGGCAGCCGAAACCCUCCUCGGACGAGGGGUACUGGGACUGCAGCGUCUGCACCUUCCGCAACAGCGCCGAGGCCUUCAAGUGCUUGAUGUGCGACGUGAGGAAGGGCACCUCCACACGGAAACCUCGACCUGUCUCUCAGCUGGUUGCACAACAGGUUCCUCAGCAAUUUGUGCCCCCUACACAAUCAAAGAAAGAGAAAAAAGACAAAGUAGAAAAGGAAAAAAGUGAAAAGGAAACAACAAGCAAAAAGAACAGUCAUAAGAAAACCAGGCCAAGGUUGAAAAACGUGGAUCGAAGUAGUGCUCAGCAUUUGGAAGUUACCGUUGGAGAUCUGACAGUCAUUAUUACAGACUUUAAGGAGAAGACUAAGUCACCACCUGCUUCCAGUGCUGCUUCUGCAGAUCAACACAGUCAGAGUGGUUCUAGCUCUGACAACACAGAGAGGGGAAUGUCCAGGUCAUCUUCACCCAGAGGAGAAGCAUCGUCACUGAAUGGGGAAUCUCAUUAAAGUUUAUUUCCUCCAGUUUCAUUAGUCUCUUCAAAACAUGCAAAUACGUAAGUUCUGUCACCACAUUUUCAUGACAGAUGAGUCAUACAUAAUUAAUAUGUUGACUGGAACAUGAUGCAGUUUA